GUUCCAAAUAAAUCAUGUUGACUUACGUUCUCGUAUUUGGAUUGUUUGUGGCAGCUGCCAGUGCUCAGUUGAAUUGCACAUAUAUUCAGGACACAACAUGGUAUGAAUUAAAACCAGGAAACAACACAUUUACGAGAGAAUUUGUCAGCAAUGGAUUUAGAACAGUCGUGGAAUCCUUUGGAGAAUGCACUGGUCCUCCAGAAAAUCGGGAAUGUUUUGUUUCAAUAAACAGCUGUAUGAUUGGACAACUCGGCACGUAUAACUGUUCUUGUCUGACCCGACCUAAAUCUGAACAGAUUUGCCAAAGAUUUGCCAGUUACUCACAGGCGCCAGGGCAUAACCCAAGUCGAAUAGAUCUGAAUGAUGUCCUAGCGAUAUUUGAUGAAUACGCAAAAAGUACCUGUGAUGGUGAACCUUGUAUGCUGGAGGCUGACUUCAAAGAAGCAGUUCAACGAACUGUUUGUGACACAUUGUGGGAUGGUAGUGGCAAUCCGGUAGAGAGAGAACAGUGCAGCUCUACGGAUGCCCUCCUCAAUUGUCUUGAAUCCAUAGCCCCAUUCAAUUUAUCAAAUCUACUCGGGUUGUUAUAGAAAAUUAUUCGAAAAUACAACUAGAUUAUCUAGUAUUCACUAUAACUUGAAUAAAAAUAAAGGUAUUGAA